GCCGAGUCCCCGGGAGUCGGCGCGGAGCGGCAGGAGCAGCCAUCCGCCACGGAGAGCCCAGCUGUCAGCAGCCUGGAGGGAAGAUGCCUCGUGGAUGGAGCGGCCCCCGUGUGGGUGUGAGUGUGCACACAGCUCUGGGAGUCCUGUGCCUCUGUCUCACAGGAGCCGUGGAGGUCCAGGUUCCUGAAGAUCCCGUGGUGGCCCUGGUUGGUACCAACACCACCCUCCGCUGCACCUUCUCACCGGAGCCUGGCUUCAGCCUGGCACAGCUCAACCUCAUCUGGCAGCUGACGGACACCAAGCAGCUGGUGCACAGCUUUGCCGAGGGCCGGGACCAGGGCAGCGCCUAUGCCAACCGCACAGAGCUCUUCCCGGACCUGCUGGCCCAGGGCAACGCGUCCCUGAGGCUGCAGCGCGUGCGCGUGGCCGAUGAAGGCAGCUUCACCUGCUUUGUGAGCAUCCGAGACUUCGGGAGCGCGGCCGUGAGCCUGCAGGUGGCCGCCCCCUACUCGAAGCCCAGCAUGACCCUGGAGCCCAACAAGGACCUGCGCCCCGGGGACAUGGUGACCAUCACGUGCUCCAGCUACCAGGGCUACCCCGAGGCUGAGGUGUUCUGGCAGGAUGGGCAGGGAUCGCCCUUGACUGGCAACGUGACCACGUCGCAGAUGGCCAAUGAGCAGGGGUUGUUCGAUGUACGCAGCGUGCUGAAGGUGAUGCUGGGCGCCAACGGCACCUACAGCUGCCUGGUGCGCAACCCCGUGCUUCAGCAGGACGCGCAUGGCUCUGUGACCAUCACAGGGCAGCCCAUGGCAUUCCCCCCGGAGGCCCUGUGGGUGACGGUGGGCCUCUCUGUCUGUCUUGUGGUACUGCUGGUGGCCCUGGCCUUUGUGUGCUGGAGGAAGAUCAAGCAGACCUGUGAGGAGGAGAAUGCAGGAGCCGAGGACCAGGAUGCGGAUGGAGAAGGAUCCAAGACAGCCCUGAGGCCUUUGAAACACUCUGAAGGCAAGGAAGAUGAUGGACAAGAAAUCGCCUGACUGAGAGAGCCGCUGCCCCUGCCGGAGCCCCGCCCCUCCCAGGGAUGAGUCUCCGCGGGAUGCGGUCACCCCACAGCCUUAUUUCUCUGGUGGACAUGAUGUCCGAGUCAUCCUGCUGCUUCACCAGUGACACGAUACACGGACCAGCCUGCUGCCUUAUUUCUUAGGAACACAACACGCAGACCGCCAACCUCCUCGUCCUGCUCAAGCCGCGUGGACCGUACGGCUGCCAUCUGUCCAGAAGCCCACGCUCUUCAGGCUAAACCUCUGCCUUAUUUCUCCAAAGACACACUGCUCAGUUACCUGUUGGUUGUUUCAUCCCAUGAGCCCGAUGCACGAGUUACAACUUUUUAUUUCUGUUUUUUAUUUCAUGAGAGACUGAGAGAGAGAGAGAGAGAGGAUUGGCAUGCCAGGGCUUUCCAGCCACUGCGGUCAAACUCCAGACGCAUGUGCCCUCUUGUGCAUACAUGUGACUUUGCGUGUCUGGCUUAUGUGGGACCUGGAGAGUUGAACAUGGGUCCUUAGGCUUCCCAGGCAAGCGCCUUAACUGCUAAGCCAUCUCUCCAGCCCAUGAGGAACAGCUUUUAAGCCUGACCAGCGUGGAAUCCCAUCUCCUUAGUGUCUCCUGAGUCUAGAUCCUAGCUCCUUGCCUCCUUCUGCUCUGGCCCUAGCCUUAGCCUUCCUCUUCCCCCACUAAGUGAGAUGGGACAGGCCCCCUACACACACACACACACACACACACACACACACACACACACCCUACCUGCGGCUGCGUGUGCUAGAACACGUGAGGACUCACCCUGCCUGGUCUCUAGCCUUAGCCUUCUCCUUCCCCCACUAAGUGAGAUGGGUCAUGCCCCCUACACACCCACCCACCCACCCCCCACGCCCCUACUUUUGGCUGUGCGUGCUGGAACACGCAAGGACUCACCCAGCCUGGUCUCCUGUGGGCUGUGCCCACCCUCCUGACAGGAAGCAGGUGCCGGUCACACUGGUUCUCAGGGUCCCCCCGGGGGUCCCCCCGGGGUCAGCCUUUAUCCCUCUUAUUUGACCACCUUUGCAAUCGUUGUUCCUAUCACUUACGUAGUACGUUACUGAUCAUGGAGCAGCCAGUAGGGUCAGUAGUGCUGUGUUGGAUGCCGGGGUGCCUGUGUGAGAAGCAGAGGUCCUCUCUUUAGGUCUCGCCCUCAGCCGACACUCUGACCCCUGGGCUAUGGCCUUGCUCCCCACGGUAUCUUCCUCUGGGCCCAUAGCGUCUUGAUACCUCACACUCAUCCCACCCUACUUCUUCCCAGAGCCAGGGGUGGGGGCAGAAACUGGAGAGGGGCACAGCCCCUUGUCAUGCCUGGAGAACCGGGCACCUUCCAGGUAUGAGCUGGCAGGCAGGUGGCCAAGGGCUUGCAGACGUGGGUGGGGGCAACAGCCUAAGCCAAGAUGAGGCCUCCUCAGUAGCCGGAACGUGGAGCGGAGCAGGGCCGUGCCAGGAAGGCCUCGGCGACACCGAGGGACUGCCCGCCCCACCGUGGUGCUAUCUCAGAGCUGGGGCCGGCGCUUCUUAGCUUAAUCUCUGGCCACCAUAGCCUCCAGCACAGCAGACAUUCUGAAGUCCUACUGAAGGCACUUCUCCCUCCCCAGGAUCGGACAUGAGGACUUCUGAUUUCAACAUGAAACUCUGUAAACUGGGGGUGUAUUCUGGGAGAAAUAAAUGCCUUUGUCAAGA